AAUGUGAGUAAUACAGACGAACUUUCCCGCCAAUGAGACAGUCGGAACGUAAAGUGAUUCAGUUCAAGUGUUGCACAUGGGCUUUCACAAGGGAGACGUAUAUAAAGGACGCAUGCAUAUUUUUUUGUUGCUGUAGGCCAAGAUUGGUUAGUGAAUAAACACCUAAGCUUGCCAUAUUUUGAUAUCAAGCCUUUGGUCUGUGAGUUGACCUUUUCAUCGGAACACAUUCUACAAGCGCUCACGUCCUUUCGUUUCUUUGGUCGUUCAGUGUCAAGCUUAAAAAAGAAGAUCUAAAAUGGUGACAUUACAACUAUUCUUUUUACUACUGUGCAUAUCAAGUCUACAAGGUCAACCCCCUAGCACAGUCACAGUUCGUGUCGCUGCCAUAAGGCUCAGCAAUCCUCAGUUGAACCAAACAUCUAGUACAGGAGCUGGCUUGGUGGAGGUCCAGCUCGACGGCGGCGGUCCAGUUUGGGGUUCCAUUUGCGGUAAAAACAGAACACCCCUUGAGGUCAACAUCAUCUGUCAAAUGAUGGGCUAUCAAAAUGGGCAGCAAACUUUGAGAGGCAACUACGGUGUUGGAAGUAAAAACUUUCUGCUGGAGAACAUGACUUGCCCACAGAGCGCCACCUCACUGGACAACUGUACUCACUAUCUGUUAAAGACAUGUGGACCUCAGGAUGAUGAGCUGUAUGUCAUAUGUACCCCGACAUCGUCAGGCGGUGGCAAUCCUGUUGCGAAUUUCUUCCCCCCGUCCUACCAGUCUGGGUACCCAAGUCUCCAGGUGCCAGCUACAACAUUGUCAAAUGUCACACUGACUCAUGUAUGUCAAGCACCAAGCUCUCAAAUUAAUGUUAGGAUCUUCAGCGGCUCUGGGAACGACAGUUAUGGUAUGGGUUACAUACAGGUCUACAUCAAUGGAAUCUGGGUUUUUGUCUGUCAGGAAGGUUGGAACCAAGCCGCAGCUCAAGUAGCUUGUCGAGAAAUGUGCUACACGUCUUUAGGCUCUGCUGCAGACUUUAUACCACAGCCUGGAAUAGUUAGAGAUUAUGUGCCUGACCCCUACAAUCCAACCAUCAACGUGUCGGACGUGUCCUGUAUCGGCAAUGAGACAAGUCUAUUCAGCUGCUCCUUCAGCAGGUCCUCUGGGCUUUGUCUGAACAAUGCUCAACCAACUCUUGCAGGAGUCCAAUGUCUGCCACAAAAUAACACUAAAACCGUUGUGCCUUUCCCUGACGUGAGUUGCGGUAACGGCGUACUGUCCGCGGAUUUCCCGGCUAGCAAGUUCCCUUACAUCAGUCAGUUUAAUGUCGACUUUGUGCCUACGCCACCAGCUACUUGUGUCAAUAAGACAUCGAUGUCAACGUUCUUUAGGGUGUCAGUUUCUGUCAACACCGAUUGUGGGACCAUCUUGAAGGACAACGCUACUCACUUGACGUAUGAGAACACGGUCAGAUAUGUUUGGUUAAACAACAAUCUCAAGUCAUAUCAAUACAUCAAUCAAAGAUACCAACUGAUCUGCUCAAUACCAAAGUCAAACGAAGUCACUAAUAAAUACCAGCCUUACACACUAUCACCGUUGAGUAACUUAUAUGGACAGUAUGACUUUCAAUUAAGGUUGGAGCUGUACACGUCCAAUACGUUCCAAACUCCAGUGGCCAAGAUAGGCGGCACCUACCUGGUGGAGAUGGGGGACUGGAUCAACGCCGCCAUCGUCAUGCAGAGUGAUGACUCCAGACUGAAGGUGGUGACAGUGGAGUGUGACGCCCUGCCGGUGCUACCAAUGUCGGUGACAGUUCCAGUGGAGAAACUCAUUCACGAUAAGUGUCCCUCUCAUCCAAGCUUGUCCAUGUAUGAUCUGAAUAACUCCAAACAAGGUUUUAGAUUCCAGGCCAUCUUGUUCUCAGGUUACAGUAUGGCUUACAUCAAGUGUACAGCUCAAGUAUGCUUAACAAGUGAUUUAAGCUGUAAACGAAUGUGUGGGACUGCUGUAGGACGUAAGAAGAGGCAGGCUCAGGACACAGUGGAUGCACAGGUCCAGUCUCUCAACAUACUCUUCUAUAACCCACAGUCCCAAGAUUAUCAAAAACUGAAGUCACAGUUAGCUUCAGAGGGGGACACAAAAGUUGUAACGUCUUUGCCUGCUUCUGACACCACGACUGAACAAACUAAAACAACUGAUGAAGAACUUGAUCUCAACGACCUCCCCCCAGCUGCCAGGCUGCAAGCAGACGAACUUAUAGCUGCCAACUUUCUUAACAAUUCUAUCCGUUGUGUUUGUCUGAAUUAUUUAAUAAUAGCUUUAUCCAUUUUAACAAUUCUGCUAAAACAAAACUAGUUGGGACGGACAUUUAAACUAAGUUUGUAUAGAGACAGAAGGCAUUAUUGUUUUGCAAGGUACAGUGUUACUUCGUAGAGCAAUAGAGUCUUUUAGAAUAGAGACUCUUAUUUUUAUAUUUUAAUGACAGAAAUGUAACCAAACAAAGCAGAACAAGCAAACAUGAAUAUUGAGAAAUAAUGAAUUAGUUCCAAGAAUGAGAAACAAAGAAGAAUAGCACAAAUGUUGAAAUCGUUACAUCGGAAAUUGAAUUUAAAUAGUGUCAUUUUUUUUUCAAA